AAUGUGCCUCAGACAAACUGAGGGAUCACAGACAUCGACCACCAAUCCAAACGAGACACUCUGACCAGCCCCUCAAAGUCAAUCUUUUGCACAAGCGAAAGGGAGUCAGUGGUAGCGAAAGAUUGAGAAGACUCAGGUGAGAGGUCAUUAGUGGAACGCCAGAGAAGUGAGCAGCGCCGGUUACGCUUGUGAGGCGAAAGGGAAGGGAUAGAUUAGUGCUGGAGCUACAGAGGUCAGGGCAGACAAGUGAUCUGCAGAAAGACCUCUGCGUAAACCUUUCUGAAAGAAGAGCAUCAGAUUAAAAAGAUUCCAGGUAUCUGAGGUCCACCUCAACAUGAGGUUUUUGGCCGUGUUGUGCGUUUCCUGCCUUCUCGUGGGCACCCAGGCUCAGAGCAGUGCUAGUUUUCGUCGGGCGAAUGCCGGCAACGGCCGUUGUCAGUACAGCUUCACAGUGGACAGCCCUACAGAGGCCAGUUGUCCAUCAUCAGGUUCAAGUCCUGAGAUGGAGGCCCUGAAGUCCCGCCUGGGGCUGCUAGAGGCGCUGGUCGCCCGUCUCGUGGGAGGUGAAGCCGUGUCGGAGUCAUCGGCGGGUUCUAGAUCUCAGUCAGGCCUCCAGGACGCUUACAACCAGGUGAUGGGGGAGAAGGCUCAGAUCCAGAGAGAGAAGCAAAGACUGGAAAAACAAGUUCAGGACCUGCAGCAGAGGAUGGAAGAGCUCCGCCAGGAGGCUGAGAGGUUGAGGAGCAGACCCUGCACGCAAAAACCUCCUCCUAGAGUGUCGGAAAUUGACAGCAGCUUCAAACCAGGAUCAGGUCCAGCACUUUCCCACCUGGUAUCCAGGCCUGGGAAUACACAAGGAGACACCAGCAGUUUAAGAGAUCCAGCAUGGCACUCGAGUUCAGGAUAUCAAGAGCUGACAGCUGUGGUUACUGAGGUGUCUGCCCCAAAUCUGGAAGGUCCAGCGGACAUCUCAGGCUGUGGUGACCUGGUGUGGGUGGAUCAGCCUGAGAUGCACCGUAAGGCUGACAGUAUUGCAGGUAAAUAUGGUGUCUGGAUGCAAGACCCAGAAGCUAAGGAACCUUAUGGUCCAGAGAUGGUAUGGCGCAUCGAUGCCGUAGGGUCUGAGGUGCGUCAACUCUUUGGGUAUGAAAACAUGGACCAGCUGUCACGUGGGUUUCCUACCAAAGUCCUACUCUUGCCAGAAUCUGUGGAGAGCACAGGUGCUACCAUGUACAGAGGCUCCUUGUACUACCAACGGAGGCUCAGUCGCACCCUUCUAAGAUACGAUCUACUCUCAGAGAGCAUUGCUGCUCGCCGGGAUCUUCCCCAUGCUGGCUUCCAUGGUCAAUUCCCCUACUCCUGGGGUGGUUACACAGACAUUGACCUGGCAAUAGAUGAGAAUGGUCUAUGGGCCAUAUACAGUACCAACAAAGUCAAGGGGGCUAUUGUACUUUCCCAGCUGGACCCUCACAACUUGGAGGUGAAGGGCACCUGGGAGACUAAAAUUCGCAAGACUUCUGUGGCCAAUGCUUUUAUGAUCUGUGGCAAGCUGUACACGGUUGCUAGUUACAUCUUGCCAAACACCACCAUAAAUUACAUGUAUGACACCGCAACCAGCCAGGGUAAAACAAUCUCAGUGCCGUUCAAAAACCGUUAUCGCUACAACAGCAUGGUAGACUACAACCCAGGGCAGAGAAAGCUACAAGCUUGGGAUAACUAUUACAUUGUAUCUUAUAAAGUGAGACUAGGCAAGCAGCUGUAAAGCAAAGCUAAUGCGUAAAUGUCCACAUCACCCCAGCUUAUAGACGCAAUUUGCAGUGUUUUAAUAUUUGAACAUCUAGUGGGACAGCUAUCGUUGGAUUUACUGAUAUUCAAAGACAAUCUAGCGUUAAAAAGCAACUGGGCAAUUCAACCAUAAUUAUGCUGGGGACAUAAACAAUAGCACCAAGAGUACGUAUAUAUAAUGAAUACAGAAAAUAUAAAAUUUUCCUGAUAAUAUCGAAGCACCAACAAUUGUAUAUAGGCUGUUAUUUUCAAGACCACAAUAAAAAGAAAUUAAGUGUACCAGUGACUACAUUGCACAACUUCACACUAAGUGGACUUAUCUUUGUUCAUGAUAAACGUAAAAAAAAAAAGAAGUUCCUUUGACCAACACGUUACCAAAUGGAUAGUUUCUAAUCAUGUAUCAUAUCAGUUUUUUAAUAAACUGAGGCCAUAUUUAAUUCCUCAGUGAUUUUGUCCACUUAUAUUAAUAGAGAAAUUAUUUUUCUACCUUUGUAAGUAAUGUCUUGUCUUUUGUGUUUAAGGCACUGAAUAAAUUCAAGGGGGGAAAUGUAUAUGGCAUACAAUUACAGUAAGCCUACCUUUUGUUUUGACUGACAGAUUGUAGAGGUAUGCAAUUUUAAAAACCAUAACAAAACCUUUGCUAGUGUACAUGCUGUAAUCCUCAUGCAAUCAUACUAUCCUUUCUCUGUAUAUGCUGAAUAUUUUCCCUACUCUUUUUAAUAUGCCUCGAGACUCUGUGCUGCUUGAGAUGUUAAGAUUGGGAUCUUGUGGCAAUAAGUGUAUUAACUUAUGAAAAUAAAGAUUUAGUGUUAAUCUGUG